GCCUCCCGGUUGUCUUUCGCGCAAGGUGGAGGCGGAGUCGCGGCCGGUGACCUGCUGCUGCCGCCGGCCGCACGGAAGACUGUGCCGCGGGUCACUCGGGUCUCCAGGAGUGGAGCAGAGGAUGCAGAAGGCACCCACAGAGGCCAGACGAACUUGAGGAAGGCGGCAAGCGGCCCCGGAGGCACUUCGGAGGCGCCCUGGACUGCGAGAGGCUCGGACGCCCGCCGGCGGGUAGUGGCUGCGGAGGCUGUCGUGGCCGGGACAGCCCGCCCCAGGCCUGAACAGCGAUAGGGCCUGGCACUUGAGCUUACCACAGCGAGGGUGGAGCUGCGUUGAGGUCUCUUUUCUUGGAUAGACCGUGGGCUCCUGUGGCACUCUGUUUCUGAGAGGAUUGGAAACCGAGCGGGAUGAGGAGCAGGAGUAACUCCGGGGUCCGGCUAGAUGGCUAUGCUAGGCUAGUGCAUCAGACCAUCCUGUGCCAUCAGAAUCCAGUGACUGGUUUGCUUCCAGCCAGCUUUGAUCAGAAAGAUGCCUGGGUCCGGGAUAACGUGUACAGCAUCUUGGCUGUAUGGGGUCUGGGCCUGGCCUAUAGAAAGAAUGCAGACCGGGAUGAGGAUAAAGCAAAGGCCUAUGAACUGGAGCAGAGUGUAGUGAAGCUGAUGAGGGGACUGCUGCACUGCAUGAUCAGACAGGUGGAUAAAGUAGAAUCCUUCAAGUAUAGUCAGAGUACCAAGGAUAGCCUCCAUGCCAAGUACAACACCAAAACCUGUGCCACUGUGGUGGGUGAUGACCAGUGGGGACACCUGCAGUUGGAUGCUACCUCUGUGUACCUGCUCUUCUUAGCACAAAUGACUGCCUCAGGACUUCAUAUCAUCCACAGUCUAGAUGAAGUUAAUUUCAUACAGAACCUUGUGUUUUACAUUGAAGCUGCAUAUAAAACUGCUGACUUCGGGAUAUGGGAACGUGGAGACAAAACCAACCAGGGAAUCUCAGAAUUGAAUGCCAGUUCAGUUGGAAUGGCAAAGGCAGCCCUGGAAGCAUUAGAUGAACUGGACCUGUUUGGUGUGAAAGGUGGGCCACAGUCAGUUAUCCAUGUCCUAGCUGAUGAAGUACAACACUGCCAGUCUAUUCUUAAUUCGAUACUACCCCGGGCUUCAACAUCCAAAGAGGUUGAUGCUAGCCUACUUUCAGUUGUUUCCUUCCCAGCCUUUGCAGUAGAGGAUAACCAGUUGGUGGAGCUCACAAAACAGGAAAUCAUCACCAAGCUUCAGGGUCGUUAUGGUUGCUGUCGCUUUCUACGAGAUGGAUAUAAAACUCCUAAAGAGGAUCCCAAUCGUCUGUACUAUGAACCAGCUGAGCUGAAGUUAUUUGAAAACAUUGAAUGCGAAUGGCCAUUGUUCUGGACAUACUUUAUCCUUGAUGGGGUCUUUAGUGGAAAUGCAGAACAGGUUCAAGAAUACAGAGAGGCUCUUGAAGCAGUCCUCAUCAAGGGAAAAAAUGGAGUCCCACUUCUACCAGAGCUGUACAGUGUUCCUCCUGACAAGGUUGAUGAAGAAUAUCGAAAUCCUCAUACUGUGGACCGAGUCCCCAUGGGAAAAUUGCCUCAUAUGUGGGGUCAGUCUCUAUACAUCUUAGGAAACUUGAUGGCAGAGGGAUUUUUAGCUCCCGGAGAAAUCGAUCCCCUGAAUCGUAGGUUUUCUACUGUACCAAAGCCAGAUGUUGUGGUUCAAGUUUCUAUUCUAGCUGAGACAGAAGAAAUCAAGGCCAUUUUGAAGGACAAGGGAAUUGAUGUGGAGACCAUUGCUGAAGUGUACCCCAUCAGAGUCCAACCAGCUCGUAUUCUCAGCCACAUUUAUUCCAGCCUAGGAUGCAACAGUAAAAUGAAACUCAGUGGAAGACCCUAUAGACACAUGGGAGUCCUUGGAACUUCAAAACUCUAUGACAUUCGGAAAACUAUCUUUACCUUCACUCCACAGUUCAUAGACCAGCAACAGUUCUACCUGGCUCUGGACAACAAGAUGAUAGUGGAAAUGCUUAGAACAGAUAUUUCCUAUCUCUGUAGCCGCUGGAGGAUGACAGGCCAGCCCACCAUCACCUUCCCUGUGUCACAUAGCAUGCUUGAUGAUGAUGGAACCAGCUUGAAUCCAAGUAUCCUGGCAGCACUCCGAAAAAUGCAGGAUGGCUAUUUUGGUGGGGCAAGGAUUCAAACAGGUAAAUUGUCAGAAUUUUUGACAACAUCUUGCUGUACACAUUUGAGUUUCAUGGACCCUGGACCUGAGGGUAAACUGUACAGUGAAGAUUAUGAUGACUACGAUAAUGAGCUAGAAUCUGGUGACUGGAUGAAUGGCUAUGGUUCAACCAAUAAUGCUCGCUGUGGUGAUGAAGUUGCUCGUUAUUUAGAUCACCUCUUGGCACACACUGCUCCCCAUGCUAAACUAGGCCCUACCUCACAGAAGGGAGGGCUAAAUCGGUUCCGAGCGGCUGUGCAAACAACCUGCGAUUUAAUGUCCUUGGUGACCAAGGCCAAGGAGCUGCAUGUACAGAAUGUCCACAUGUAUCUUCCUACAAAGAUAUUUCAGGCUUCUCGGCCUUCAUUCCACUUACUUGACUCACCUCAUCCCUCACGAGAGGACCAGGUUCCCUCUGUUCGUGUAGAAAUACAUCUUCCUAGAGACAAGUCUGGGGAAGUGGACUUUAAAGCACUGGUUUUACAAUUGAGAGAGACCUCUAGCUUACAGGAGCAAGCUGAUAUCCUGUACAUGUUGUAUACCAUGAAAGGACCUGACUGGGACACUGGAUUGUAUGAUGAAGGGAGUGCGACAGUCAGAGAACUGCUUACUGAACUAUAUGGCAAAGUUGGGGAAAUUCGUCACUGGGGCCUGAUCCGAUACAUUUCUGGAAUCUUAAGGAAGAAGGUGGAAGCACUCGAUGAGGCCUGCACAGACCUUCUCUCCCACCAGAAACAUUUGACAGUGGGACUCCCUCCAGAACCUCGAGAAAAGACCAUCUCUGCACCUCUGCCUUAUGAAGUACUCACUCAGCUGAUAGAUGAAGCCAGUGAAGGGGACAUGAGCAUUUCAAUUCUUACACAGGAAAUAAUGGUGUAUCUAGCCAUGUAUAUGAGAACUCAGCCUGGCCUCUUUGCUGAAAUGUUUCGUCUUCGAAUUGGUCUGAUCAUACAAGUUAUGGCAACAGAACUGGCCCACUCCCUUCGAUGCUCAGCUGAAGAAGCCACAGAUGGCCUGAUGAAUCUCAGUCCUUCAGCCAUGAAGAAUCUCCUGCAUCACAUUCUCAGUGGCAAGGAGUUUGGAGUGGAACGAAGUGUUCGCCCCACUGAUUCGAAUAUCAGCCCUGCUAUUUCCAUCCAUGAGAUUGGUGCUGUUGGAGCAACCAAAACAGAACGAACUGGGAUCAUGAAGUUAAAAAGUGAGAUAAAGCAGGUGGACUUUCGUAGGCUGUCUAUCUCAACUGAGAGUCAGGUGAAACAACCCUAUGGUUGUCUUCCCCUGGGUAUAGAUUUGAUGUCACCGUCUUUUCUGUCACCUGGUACCUCUAUGACUCCAAGUAGUGGCUCCUUCCCUAGUGCAUAUGGUCAACAGACAUCUAAAGAUAGUCGUCAGGGUCAGUGGCAACGCCGAAGAAGGCUGGAUGGAGCACUGAACAGAGUCCCAGUUGGAUUUUAUCAAAAAGUAUGGAAAGUUUUGCAGAAGUGUCAUGGACUUUCUGUGGAAGGUUUUGUUCUUCCUUCUUCAACCACUAGAGAGAUGACUCCAGGCGAGAUUAAAUUCUCUGUUCAUGUGGAGUCUGUCCUGAAUCGCGUACCUCAGCCAGAGUACCGCCAGCUUCUGGUUGAAGCCAUCCUUGUCCUCACCAUGAUGGCAGACAUUGAAAUUCAUAGUAUUGGAAGCAUCAUUGCUGUGGAAAAGAUAGUGCAUAUUGCCAAUGACUUGUUCCUUCAAGAACAGAAAACCCUCGGUGCAGAUGAUAUCAUGUUGGCAAAGGAUCCUGCGUCUGGCAUCUGUACGCUUCUGUAUGACAGUGCACCCAGUGGCAGGUUUGGCACCAUGACCUACCUCUCCAAGGCAGCCGCCACCUACGUGCAGGAGUUCCUGCCCCACAGCAUCUGUGCCAUGCAGUGAGGCCUCGAGGCCCUGCGUGCUGGGAGCCUUUUGACAGCUGGUUCCUGCCUCGUUGAUUGUGCAUGGAACUCAAAUGUGAUGGCCUGAUCACUCCCACCCUGCCCCUUUCCAACCCAUCCCUCCCAAGAAGAGCAACCUUUUCUGAUAAAUUAACUGCUUUGGAAGAUGUGAACCUCUGCCUGGAGGCAUCUGCUCACCCAGGCCCUUCAUUGUGGGCCUUCAUUCUUUCAAGGUUCAUAAAAGUUUGCAUGUGUUUUUAUUCUCUAGAUCUGUUACAGACUUAGUUUUCUAACUCCUAUUUGGGGAGCAGGUGUUAAUAAUAACUUAUUCCUAAAGUUUGAUUUUUCUUAUUUGUUGUUUCAUGGUGUGAACCAGUAGUGGGUACUUUGGGACAUUAUUUCAAGUGAGCAAACCCUGAAUUCUUAGGUUUUAUGCUGCUAUAUAUUGGAAAUAUCCAUUCUAAGUGCCUUUUUUUGAGGAAAGAGAGUACCAGAUCAUAGUUCUCUUUACUUAAAGGUGGCCUCACACUAAGUGAUGAACUCCUUUCUGUAGAAUUACUCUCUCUGCUUUUGCCUUCUUUGUAUCUGCACACAUAAUUCCUACUCUCCUUUGGUGAACUAUCAACAAAAAAAUUGCAAGUGCAGUGUGUAUAUUUAAGGAUUUCAGUAUUAACACUUGAAAUCACAUUUUAAGAAGAUUUCUGGUACUCGGUGUAUUUGUAGCAGUAAAUGCAGAGUAAUCCAGAGAAAUGGAGCCAUGAGCCCAAUUCCAGAGAGGAAGGGGGAAAAGGAGAAAAGGCCUGGGUGCAGAGUCUUACACAGAGAGAGCAGAGAGGGAAUCAGAGAUGGGUUAUUACCCUGAAUAGAGCCUUGUGCACUAAUCCUUGCCUCCAAAGAGUGGGCCAACACACAACACAGAAAAGACUCAAAGCCUCUGUCUUUGGCAAACAGGAAUCCAGCCCGCCUGUCUACAGCUGCUUUACUGAGCAGCUCACUGGUCUCUGUCUCACUCACAUACUCGCUAUCUAUAGCAUCCACCCCUCAACUUCCUGCCCUUCUACUUUUAAAAUCUUUCACUUACAUUUUUACUUCCUUAUUGUAGUGUUCAUAUCUAUGUAUGUCUUGAUAUCUGUGGGCAUAUAGCUGUCUCUUGUAAACACCUGCGAUUUGUAUGUGUAUCUAAGCAUACGUGGGAAUUUUUCUGAAUGUAAGUAGUUUUGAAAUGUCUGUAUAUCUAUCUUUAUCUACAUUUGACAAACUAAGUAUGUAAAUAUGAGUGUUGUGUGGGGGAGAGGGGUGUGGCUGUGGCCUCAGGCUGACACACAAAGGAUAGUGGAGGAAUCCUUAAGUCCUCUUUCCCACUCUCAUGUUUAGGUAAAUACUGAAGAAUGUUUUUUCUAACAUUCUUAGUUCAAGGCCACUGAAACAAAAUACCAUAGACAGGGUGGUUUAAACAUCAAACAUUUUUUUCUAACAGUUGUGAAGCUGGGAGGUGUAAGAGCAAAGUACCAGCAAAUUCAGUGUCUGGGGAGGGCCUUCUUCCUGGUUUGCAGAUGGCUGUCUUCUUGCUAUAUCCUCACAGAGCAUAGAGAGAGUGAGCUCUAGUCUCUUCCUCUUUUUAUAAGGGCACUAAUCCUUCCAUGGGGACUCUAUCAUCUUCCAAAGGUGCCCAUCUCCAGAUACCAUCACAUUGGGGAUUAAGGCUUCAGUUAUGAAUUUUGGAUGGACACAUUCAAUACAUAGAAAAUUGCUUCUCCCAAUAUGUGUAAAUCAUAAAUCUACUAAUUUCCCCAUUUGCACUGAAAUAACUUCCUACUGUAAUCCCCUAUUUUUCUUCAGAUGUUUUCAGGUUUUUCUCCAAGAAUGGGGGUGGGGAACUCUCUAAAUAAUUGUUACAGAACCAGUGGCAAUCUUAUGAGUACACCUGAAUAAAUGAGCAUAGUGUGGUGAUAGAAAAGAGAUAGUAGAAACAAAAAAAGGAUGGUCAACAUUUCAAGACCUCUCUUAUAGGAAAUGGAAACACACAGUAAGUAGCUUUCUGAUUGCAUGACUUUCUGGUCACAUAUAAAGAAAAUGUACAUCCUAUUCUGAAACUUUUUAUCUUUACACUGGCUGCAAGUGUACCCCAGCCUAGGGGAUUACUUCUGGAGUAGCACAGUUAAAAGCCACCACUCCCUCCUGCACAAAUUUAUCUGAAUGACACUGAUGGCUACAUUUCUCUGGGUUUAAGUUGUCCAUCACUAUGCUUCCCAUAUAGUGCUACUUCACUUUUAAAGCAACUUUUAAGAAAACUCAAUUUGUAUUUUGUUCAUUUGAAGUAUGUGAUACUAAAAAACACAUUGGACUUUUUUUAAGCACUCAUGUUUUGAAAAUAGAAUAAAAACUUAGAAUUUCCAAUUAAA